AUGCUCCCCCCUGACGCCCCUGAUGCCGGAAAAGGCAACUUUUCUCUGAAAACACAUACUCCGGUACGGUACCAGGAUGGAAGCUUAUGCGCGAAUGGAAGGAUCAACGGCAGGGUAUAUUCAUUCCUGGUGGAUACCGGAGCCAUGAAAGUCAUAUGUCCGAUGAAAAGUUUACGGAAGCUACUUUCGUCCCACCUAGAAGCUAGGCAUCGCGAAGGGAGCUGCCGUUGCUGUACGUGGAGAGGCGGACGUGACGAUGCAGAUCGGCUCCGAGAACUUCCGCCAUCGUGCCCUGGGACUCUGGGACUGGACGCGAUGAACAGCCAUGGACUUGAGACACCGCAUCCUCAAAGUUGGAGCAGAGGAGCGAACAGCGACACCAUAAUGAAGUCGUGUGUCGAGGACAUGCCAAAUAUUUAUAAAAGAAAAUCAUUGGAGAGGGCCAAAUGGACCGAGGAGCAACUGAAAUCUACAAUGAGUACUGUUAAAGAUGAGGGAUUAUCUGUACGUCAGGCUGGAAAAACAGACUGGUUCGGCAUAUUAAAGAAAUGCAAAAAGUGGAUCUCCACUUACUAGAGAUGAUUUGCCAACCAUAGCUUAUAAAUUUGCUGUUCAGCUGGGCUUAAAACAUAAAUUUAAUAAUCGGCUUCAGAAAGCUGGUUAAGUUUGGCUGCAUUCAUUUCUCACCAGAGAUCCACAAAUAUCAGUUAGAAAAGCAGAAAGUUUGUCGUGGGCGAGGUGCACAGCAAUGUCUAGAAAGGUAGUAGUUGAUAACUUUAAAGUACUGCCGAGUGUUCUGGAAGAAAACAAUAUCUUGAUAAACCCGAAAAAUAUUUUUAAUAUGGACGAGGGUGGAUUGCAACUAAAUUCAAGACCGGUGGAAGUUUUGACAGUAAAAGGAUCAAAAGUAGUUUCGUCAGUUGCUUGAGCAGAAAAGGCCGAGACUGUAACAGUUGUUGCCUGCUGUAACGCCGACGGCACUUUUCUUCCUCCUGUCGCUAUUAUAAAAGGC